AUGUGGAGACUUGCAAAAAAUAUCCUUCCAACAAGAUCCAAUCUCCAUAAGAAAGGUAUCACCCUUGACUUACUUUGCCCUCUUUGCUCUAGUGAGGAGGAAUCCUCGCAGCACUUGUUCUUGAAGUGUGAUAUGUUUAAACUUACCCUUUUUGCAUCUCAUCUUGGCUCCCAUAUCCCUAUAGAUAUUGAUUUGCAUGACUGGAUUCUGAAAUGGUUGGUGUGCCAGGACCCUCUUGGUGUCCAAUUAUUUUGCACUUUGUUGUGGAAAUUUUGGGCCGGAAGGAACGCUGUGAUUUUUAACGGUUGGCAAAUGGAUCCAACUUUUUUGGCCCUUGAUGCUUUGAGUUUUGUCCAGGAGUUUAAUGAGGCUAAUCCAUCAAGAAAUAGAAGAGCUCUAGUUUCACAAAGCAUUUCUGAACCCUCUCGGAGUACAUGUUCAUCUAUGAAUUCUAUGUUUGUUGAUGCAGGGUGCUGCAACUCAGGCCAUACAGUUUGGGGUCUAGUUCUUCGUAAUUUGAAUGGUGAAACAGUCUUUAGCGCUUGCAAAAGAGAGGACAUCACUGCUGAACCUCUUUUGGCGGAAGCAUUAGGGGUGCGUUGGGCUCUUCAAGUAGCCACUGAUCAAGGUGUCAAUUCCGUUUCAAUUUAUUCAGAUGCGGCAAAUGUGGUAAAUUGCAUCAACAAAAGAUCAAAUUUUGCUGCUAUUAAUUUAAUUGCUCAGGACUGUAGAAACUUGAUGGCUGGAUUGGGAAAUGUUUCUGUAAUGUUUAUUAGUAGAACACAAAACUGUGAUGCCCAUAAUUUGGUCUCUUUGGCUAAGGUUGUGGGUAGUAGGACUUGGUUAGGGGUAGCCCCUCUUGUAUCAGUUUAUUCUGUUUCUGCAGCUGUGCCUGCUGCUGGUUGUAAUGUCUUUAGCUGUGUUCCGGCUUCUUAA